CGUAACCGUGCGUCAUGACGCCAUGGAGAGUUUGAGACGCUCAGGUGUCUAACCCGGAUUAUCUGAAUUAAUUUAGACAGGUCAGGAUGACAGCGGGGGCCGUGCUUUCUGUGAUCCUGGCCAUCGGAGGCGCUGCGUUGUUUUCCGCCGUUCACAAGAUUGAAGAAGGACACACAGCUGUUUAUCACAGAGGUGGCGCUCUGCUGACGGCUACCAGUGGCCCGGGGUUUCACCUCAUGCUGCCUUUCAUCACCACCUACAAGUCAGUACAGACCACACUGCAGACAGACGAGGUGAAGAACGUUCCAUGUGGCACAAGCGGUGGGGUGAUGAUCUAUUUCGAUCGGAUUGAAGUGGUGAACUACCUCAUACCAUCAGCCGUGUACAGCAUCGUGAAGAACUACACGGUGGACUACGACAAGGCUCUGAUCUUCAACAAAGUGCACCAUGAGCUGAACCAGUUCUGCAGCGUACACACACUCCAGGAGGUUUACAUCGGGCUGUUCGAUCAGAUUGAUGAGAACCUGAAGCUCACCCUGCAGGAGGACCUGACCCACAUGGCUCCCGGUCUUAUCAUUCAGGCUGUCCGUGUGACUAAACCCAACAUCCCCGAGUCCAUCCGCAGAAACUACGAGCUCAUGGAAACUGAGCGCACCAAGCUGCUGAUCGCCGCACAGACUCAGAAGGUGGUGGAGAAGGAGGCGGAGACUGAGAGGAAGCGAGCCGUGAUUGAGGCAGAGAAGAUCGCUCAAGUGUCCGUGAUCAAGUUUGGACAGAAGGUGAUGGAGAAGGAGACAGAAAAAAAGAUCUCUGAAAUCGAAGACAGCGCGUUUGUUGCUCGGCAGAAAGCGAAAGCAGAUGCAGAGUUUUACACGUCUCAGAGAGCAGCUGAAGCCAACAAGAUGAAGCUGACGCCCGAGUACCUGCAGUUGAUAAAGUACAAAGCCAUAGCGACGAACAGUAAGAUCUACUUCGGCAGCGAGAUCCCGCGCAUGUUCCUCGACUCCAGGAGCGCGUCCAAGCCCACGGAGCUCCUAGCUGAGGACGUCCUGAACAUGGACUGACGCUGAAGGGAGACGACGGGUAUCACAGAGUUACAGAGCUGACGUUUCUGCUCUCGCUCUGAGCCUCGAGUGAAGUCCUGGGGGUUUUAUGCACGUGUUUUCGCCACAAACACACACACACACCCUCACACAGACCUGUGUUUAAAACUGAGCAUUAUUUUGAUGUCAAAACAAAAAGCCUGAAGCUGGACAGAAGGUUGACCUUCCGUACUGAAGAUUAUUUUUUAUGUUUUUUGUUUUUUUUUCGAAUGAAGAACACUCCAAGACAGAUAAAAAAAAAGGCAAGCAGAGACAUCUCUAACACGAGAUGCCAGAUAUCAAGCUGAAUGGGUGUGUUAUUGUUUGUUAUUAAUAUGUUUGAACCCCUGUCAAUUCAAGCUUUUACAUUUUUACAUUGUUUCAUAGUCUCUCAUAGUUUUUUCACUGUAUUACUACAGAAGAGAAUCGUGACCCGCUUCUGCACUGGGGGAGAAAAACAAACCUUUGUUUCACGGAUUUAAUACUCAAGACCAUAUUUCAUGUCCCUAAGGAUAUGCUGGUUGUCUUGGCAACUCUCUUUAUAUAGUUUUCCAAAAAUAAAAAAGUUCCAGUACACAUUCCUAAACGACUUGUUUUGUCCGUAUCAUCGGAUAUAGAUCUGUCACAACAUCUGAAUACAUAACCUUUAGCUUUGAUUGUACACACACUGUGGUGUCCAGUUUGUGUGUGUAAAUGAUUCCUCAUACUCCCUGAACUGCUCGGUCACACUCUGAGACCUGGGAUACGGCCCCAUAACGUUGCUGAGUCUAGACCUGAGUAACUGGUCAACCCCAGAUCAUAACACUGUCUCCAGAGGCUCGUACAGUGGACACUAUGAUCACAUCAUGCGCUUCCCUUGGUACCCUGACACGCCCAUCACUCUGGAAUAGACUAGAUCUGCACUCAAUCAGGUCACAUGAUCAUUUUUCCCCCCCAUCGCUCCGAAUUCCAGUCUUUAUCCUUUCUAGCAAACUAAAGCCUUUCUCAUCACAUUGUGUGUGUAUGGAAAUGUUUUUACUUUCACUUAUAUUAAACAAAACUCUGAUUUUUUUUCUGGAGUUUUUGUUUUUUUAUCCUGUGACUUCAAGCGUUUAAGUGAUCUCCCGUCAUGUUCAUUUAGGAUGUUUUUUUCUUCGGUGAAGUUGAGGGGUUCAUCUCCAUCCUUCCAGGGUUUAAUUAUACUUUGGGCAAUUCUUAAUUCAUGUUAUUUUUGCAAUCUCUUUAGUUGUUGUCUGCUCGAUGCAGGCCGUUCUAAAAUGGAAAUUCUACCUCCUUCUACAGGUGACUUUUUGUUGGAAAGUAAGAAAGAAUUAGAAGGUAUACAUUAAAAAAUGACUAAAUUGUGUAUUAAAAAAUCACUGCAAAACCUUAUGGACUGUUAAAUUUGUAAAUGUUUGAAAUUUUCAGACACCUUUGACUAAAGAAUUGAUUAAAACAUUUUUCACAAA